CGUACCAAGGCGCUAAGCUCCAGCUCCAGCUCCAGGCACGACAGCUACGCAACCUCACCAUCGCCGUCUUGAAUCCUAGGUUUAUACCACACCCCGUCGACCUUCACCGCUCCAAGAAGCUGCAAGCCACCUGUACUGCACAGCACCGUCAAACUACAACGCACAAUCACGCAGGCACAAACCCGUCUCUCCGCGUCACCAUGGGCGGCUUCGACUUCUCCCACCACAACCGCAAUGCGGCGCUCCACGCCCAGGGUGUCCCACUACCCAAGGCGACUAGCACAGGAACGACCAUUGUGGGAUGUCUCUUCGAUGGCGGCGUCGUGAUCGCAGCAGAUACCCGAGCCACCAGCGGUCCUAUAGUAGCGGACAAGAACUGCGAGAAACUCCACUACAUCUCCCCCCAUAUCUGGUGCGCCGGCGCCGGCACCGCCGCAGACACGGAAUUCACCACCGCCAUCAUCUCGUCGAACCUCGAACUGCACGCCCUCUCCACCGGCCGCACGCCACGCGUAGUCACCUGCAUGACCAUGCUGAAGCAGCACCUCUUCCGCCAUCAAGGCCACAUUGGCGCUUACCUUGUCGUCGCCGGCGUGGACCCCACGGGCGCCCACCUCUUCACCGUGCACGCCCACGGCUCCACCGACAAGCUUCCCUACGUGACAAUGGGGUCGGGUAGUCUGGCUGCCAUGUCCGUUUUUGAGACGCAAUGGAAGGGCAAUUUGAGCCGGGAUGAGGCCGUGGCCUUGUGUGCAAAUGCGAUUGAGGCGGGUAUCUGGAACGAUCUGGGGUCUGGCAGCAACGUCGACGUCGCCGUCAUUACCGAGGAGAAGACGACGCUCCUGAGGAACUUCAAGACGCCCAACACCAGGCGGCCCAAGCAGCGGAAUUACCGCUUCCAGCGGGGCACCACAGCGGUGCUGAACGAAAAGGUCAUCACCAAGGAGGAGAUUAGCAAGUAUGUCACAGUGCACGAGCUGAAGGACGAAGACGUUACGGCAACCGCAGAGACGAUGGAUAUCGAUACUUGAAGAGCUGUCGGGCAAGAAUUCGCAUAGGCGUUACGGGCAUGAAGACAUGUACUAUAACCCGGAUCAGAGGUCCAUUAUGGCCCAUCCACGGUAGCCGAUUAGAUAGAGGCAACACGAUCAUGACCACCAAGAGCUAUGAACUUGUCCUUUUUCUCCGCUGAAGAGCUGGCUCGUAACGUGAACUUGAUGCACACGGUGAAGUCCUUCAAAUUGACCAUUUUACAUCAACAUCGAUUCACUCAGAAAGGUCAAACAUUUGAACACGAAUAAAAUCAUUACUAGCC